AACAGCAGCUAAAAAUAGGCAUGAAAGCCACAUACCUUGCAGAGGAUCAGCAGGGACAGCCCUAUCCCGCUAGGGUCCAGGGCACAAUGAGGUCGCUCCGCUUCAUUUCUGCUGAAUCCCUUGUGUCCCACCCUCAGCUGGCUGGGGAAAGCCUGGACAGCGUGGCCCACAACCUCUACCCGCUCCUAUUCAAGGCCAGUUACCUGCAGGAGCAGGCAGAAGUGACCCGCGCUGUGCUGGGGCACUGGCCACAAGAGGAAUUCCGGCUGGCAGCGCUGCUGGGGCCAAGUGCUGACCACCCUGAGGACCUGCGUGACCGGGCCUGCAGGACCUGCCUGGAGGCCUGUGUGCAGGGGCUGGCUGACCAUGUGCUGCAGGGCAUGAGUGGCCGGCUCUGGAUAGCUGACUUCACAGGUGUCCGGGAUGUGCAGGUGCAGCGAUGCCCUUGUGGGAGGGCACUGGGAAGGUGGGGCCGUACUGAGUUGCUGGCCAGGACCUGCUGCCAGUUGCAGGCAGAGGCCAGCAAAAUCAGGCACACCAUUGAGGUUCUCACUGACCUCUUUGUCACUGAGGGAAACUUUGAGGUGGUGGUACAGGCCCUGCAGCCAGCAGGCCUGGCUCCUCUGAAAUUGAGCUGCACCUCAUUCCGGGCAGACAGCCUGAGUCCUGGGAAGCUCCUGCAGGUCCUGUGCCUGGCCAGACCAGGUGAGCUGCGCAAGCUGGAGUUGGUACACAACGUACGGCUGCAUGCUGGCCAUGUGCAGCAGCUGUUGGCCCAGGUGGGCUUCCCUCAGCUGGCCUCACUCACCCUCCCCACCAAGGCCUUCAAUGCGCCCCCGACCUGUGCCCCAACUCCUGAAGGUGAGGACCGCCUCCUCACCUCUAUUGCCUUGGAGCUCAGCCACAUGACCCAGCUUACUGAGCUGAGCGUGGCCUUCUCCACGCUGACCGGGAAGAUUCAGACACUGCUCGGCUCCCUCAGGACCCCACUGCGAGUGCUGGACCUGGCCAACUGUGCCCUGAAUCACGAAGACAUGUGCUUCUUGGCAGACUGUGCCCAUGCCACCCAUCUGGAGGUGCUAGAUCUCAGUGGACACAACCUGGUUCACCUCUACCCCUCUGCCUUCUUCAGACUGCUGCGUCAUGCUGCUCAUACACUGCGGGUGCUAACCCUGGAGGAGUGUGGCAUCGCAGACAACCAUGUGGGCAUGAUGACCCUAGGCCUGAGCCCCUGCCGCCAGCUUCAGGAGUUCAAGUUCCUUGGGAACCCUCUGUCAGCCUGUGCCCUUAAGAGCCUCUUCUCUGCACUCUGUGAGCUCCCUGAGCUGCGCUGCAUUGAGUUUCCAGUGCCAAAGGACUGCUACCCUGAGGGUGCUGCCUACCCCCAGGAUGAGCUGGCCAUGUCCAAAUUUGAUCAGCAGAAGUAUGCUGUGAUUGCAGAGGAGCUGCGUGUGGUGCUGCUGCAGGCCGACAGGGACGACAUCCAGGUCUCCACGCCUCUCUUUGGAGGUUUUGAUCCAGACAUUCAUGAAACCAGCAAUGAGCUUGGGGCUUUCCUGCUGCAAGCUUUCAAAACUGCUUUAGAAAACUUUGCCAGAGCACUAAAGCAGAUGGAGUAGAGCCUCGAAUUAUGCCAAGGACAGACCUGGCAUUUCAUCUGCAUAGUGCCCUGUGGUCAGUACUGGAUCAGAGGCUUAGGCCAAGCCUUCAGCAUCAGCAGCACCACUGCCAAAAGCAUUUCUUUGUGAAAGUCAUAAGCGCACCUGUUUAGACACUGUAGGAGGAUGCCCUGCCUUCUAGAUGUGACAUGAGGGGCCCCUGGGUGUGAGCGCAGCAAAAUUCUAGAGCUGGGGUGAAGCUGCCAUGGUGAAGGCUUCACCACCCUGGCAGAGGGAGGAGGACUACUCAGCUGGACUUCAGUGGACAUCUGCCAGGGCAGGAUGUGGGGAGCAGGGUCCACCUGACUCUGAAGCAGUGAAAGGGAGAAAUGAUAGAACUCAUCACUGAAAAUGAAUAAAAGAAGUAGCCCCCCAAAAAAUCUACUGAGAAAUAGACUAAAAGUGAAAAGUAAACAU